CCUCUGCCAAAUAAGGAGCGGAGUGUCUGGCUGCAGCAGAGGAAUCAGACAGAGGAGAGCAGAUGAUGGGGAGGUGGGAGCCCGGGAUAUUUGGAGGAGAUAUUUAGCAGGCAGCAGGAUAGCGAUCUGCAGGCAAUUUCACGUUGCCAGUUAGAGAAUCUGAACUGUGAAUUGGCUGUGGAGGAAAGCAGAUAGAAAAGACUGGAGAGAGAAGUUUGGAGAAUCUAUCACCCUUGGCUGAGGCUAAUGGGUAUUUUACAAAGCAGGUAAUGGAUUCUCUGGCAAAAACAUUCAUUCCCGUUACCCCAGAACCACAGAUGUUGGAAGUUAAUGUAACAUUACCAUUAUUUACUACUCAAGUAAAUACAUGUUCUAUCCAUGAUGGAUUCUUAUCAUUGACGCUUCCGGUUAUGUAUUCCAUUGUAUGUGGCUUCAGCUUACUGAGCAACCUACUGGCCCUUCUAGUGUUUUGGUCAAACAGUCAAAGAUGUACAUCCAUGAUAAUAUAUAUGAGGAACCUGGCAGUGGCUGAUCUCCUUCUUGCAUUGUGUCUACCCUUCCGGGUUGCUUAUCAAAAUAAUAACGGACUACUGAUCCUGUGCAAGAUAGUUGGUGCAUUCUUUUACUUGAACAUGUAUGCUAGUAUAAUGUUUCUGAGUCUGAUAAGCCUGGACCGAUAUCUUAAGAUAAUCAGACCGCUACAGAAAUACAAAAUUCACAGUAUUUCCUGGAGUACGAGGGCCACUUGGAUCAUCUGGUUGAUUAACCUAGUCUGCAUAAUUCCUUUCCUCUUCGAAAACAGAACUGGACCAUGCAGCCAGAAGUGCUUCCACUUCCAGAGAAAGGGAUUAACUGGAGCUGUAAUCAAUCUAUCAGCAGUCAUUUCCUUCUUUAUUCUUUUAUUGCUCUUCAUCUAUUUUUAUGCAAAAAUAUCUUCCAAACUGCACAAGGCCUCCGUGGGAAGAACCCAGCCACAAACAAAAAGAAACAGCAACAGGGCAAUGAAGAAAACUUUUGUUGUACUGAUCAUCUUUAUUGUGUGCUUUGUUCCCUAUCAUAUUGUGCGUGUUCCCUACAUCCUUGCCCAGAUCGAUGUCAUUGACACCCUCCCAUGGAAACAGACCCUUCAUAUCGCCAAUGAAUUGGUACUUUGCUUAUCAACUCUCAACAGCUGCUUGGACCCUGUGAUUUAUUUCUUUUUGUCAGACAGUUUUAAACAAGCAGUAAUUUGCACCUUCCAAGGAAAGCUAAAGUUAAUUAUGAACAAUCAAGACAAAGUUGGAAACAGCAACAAAUCUAUUACUGAUAUAUAAAACCUGAGCCCCCAUGUAUAUAAUGCUUGGACAUCCAGCUCACAAGCCUCCAGUUAUACAGCAGGGAACAUAAUGCAUUAUUAAACUCAUGUGCAGCAGUUUCUGUACUACAGGACCAGCAACUGGUAUCCCUUACGCUGUUAUUAAACUACAACUCCUGUGAUCCUACUAUCAAACACUUUUGGUGGGAGCUGUAGUUCAAUGGCUGGAGGCCCAUAGGUUGAAUAUCGCUGCAUUCAGAUAUGACAUUUUCUGUGCUUCCUUCAGACUUCCAGGAAAGCUUUCUCGUUCGUUUCCUGACCAGAGAGCAGUGCUUUUAGCAAGAAUUACAUACCUGUGAGUGGGAGUUUCUGUAUGUGUGGGCAGAGGAUGAGCUUGAGAGCAUUAAAAUUUAUAUUUGUUAUAUUAUUUUGCUAUGUAUUUUUAUUUGUAGAUUGUUGCCUUUAAUAAAAACACACAUAUUCAUAAUGCUAA